CCGACAGCACUAAGUUACAGGUCCUCAGAUUGACCAUGUCCUGCAGACCUCCCCUCCUCCUCCCCUCCCUUCUCCUCCCCCUCCUCGCAGCUUCAGUUUCUUACAAGGAGAUGAUCAGAUCUGAUGAUUCCACCAACAUACUCUCAUGGCACAAGUUGCGUGAUUGCCCCAGUGACAGUGACAACUUCUUCCACGAUCAGCUCCGAAACGGUCACUGUGAAAGACAGCCAGCAAAUAGGGAGGGGAUAGUAACCUACCAAUGUGGCACGUUUCAACAGUACUGCUUCAAUAAAACCAUGAAGAUUACUUGUGAUAGCUAUCUGAGGAGCUGUGACCGGAAAAACGUGUGCGAAGAGAAGUAUGAAAAUUGUGUAACAGAGAUAACAGAUUAUACUGCUUUAGUGACAAAGGCUACCGGGGAGCCAGCGCAGGUGUAUGCCGAGUGCAUCCCAGCCGUAGAAGCUCUAAGGGACCAAUGUAAUUCUACUUUCUCCUGCUAUUCACAGUUCACGUUUGACCCUGUUUCUGACGAACUAACCUCUUGUAGGAUUGACUGUUCUUCCAUUAAUAUGACCUGCUACAAUUACACCAGAACCUGCUCUGAAGAGAUAUCGGAGGUGAUAAACACCAGGAAGGAUCAGACAAUAAAGAUAGAGACAUCUGAGUGCGAGGUCAUUACUCUGGAAAGGAGGUUGGACGAGCACAUGAUUUGGGAUAGCACUGUCAUCGAAGUGGACGACAACGGAGUAGAAAAAGCGAAAGGAUCGGUUAUCGUCAACAGAACUGUGAACUAUGGGUGGAGUCAGGAUGUCUCGUGGGAAAACUGUACGGAGAACACCCAGGUUGGGUACGAGCCAAUGUGUAAUCAGUUCAUCAGGCACAUGAUGGAACCACUAAAGGAUGUCGUGUAUGAACCCCACGCUUAUGAUCUUACCGAAGGAAUCAAGACGUUUCUGAGUCUUUGGGAUGACGGAUACAAUAUUCUCUGCAACGUUAAAUUCAAUUGCUUUGUCCAACUUAUCAAGUUUUCCCGGAGUUGCUGGCCUGGGUUACCUCUCCAGAGGUUCGUACCUGGAGCUGACUACGCUAGUCUGGAGACCCUGCUGAAAAACAUGACCAGAGUGGCUUGUGCUAUCACUCCUCCUCCUCAAGUCAAGUUCAAGGGGAAUGACUCUUAUCUUAACGCCAAGAACAGUUGUAUAUCCUUCUUUGACGUAGAAAGUCCAAUAACCAAGCCCCAUUACGACAACUUCACCAUGUUCUGUGCUGGUGACACUGAAAACGAGUGUAGUCCUGCUUGUAAUGAAACCCUCAACGGAUAUGCUGCUCGCUUUGGCUGCUGCUUGGGAUCGAUUGUAUUCGAGUACAACGUCCACAGAGACUGGUACAGGCUCUUUAACUUUGCUAACAAUGAUGUGAUUGUUAAACUUGAGCAAUGUGGAACUGGGAUAGAGACCCGAUGUGAGCUGCAGGACCCCAGCUCCAUAGUGGUGGUGGUCGUCAGAACUUCCUCUACAUUAUCGGAGGAGUGAUGACGUUGGUUGUCAUAACAAUGACGGUCAGCUUCUAUUGGCAGCUUGAACACGAACCAAUCAAAAAAGCGUUCUACCACUUCUGAGA